AUGGAUCACUUGAAACCAAAAACUUAUACUGCUCGUUUUCCAAGAUGGAUGGUUGGAAAACGCUUGCUUUAUGCUUCCUCUGCUCUGGCUUCCUUAGGAGAUGCUAUGUUUGGAUACAGUCAAGGUAUCAUAGCCGCUGCGCAAGUACAGCCUUCUGUUCAAGCAGGAGAUACAGGCGUAGAACCCUUCACCCAAGCCAUUACAGUAGCUUGCAUUAACAUUACGGCUCUUCUUGCCUCUUUCGGAGCAGCAUAUGUAUGCGACAUCCUAGGCAGGCGUAUGUCUGUGCGCAUUGGAGCUAUCAUCUACCUCAUAGCGGCUUUCAUCCAACUUUUUUCUCCAAACCUUGCUGCUCUCAUUGUUGGUCGUUCUAUCCAAGGACUUGGGGUAGGUAUGCUAUCAAUGACCGUUCCCAUACUACAGUGUGAAAUAGCUCCAGGCCACGCACGCGGACUUUUCGUCAGCAUCGAGUAUUUUUGCUUGAACUUUGGCUAUGCUAUCUCCGCCUGGGUUGCCUUUGCUUUUGUUCUGGUUGUCUGGACGUUUUUCUUACCAGAAACUCCUCGCUGGCUUAUAAGAAAUGGUUUCAGAAAAGAAGGUCUGGGCGCCCUUGCAGAUCUUCACGGCACGGGUGACAUUACGGACCCUCACAUCCUCGCAACAUACAUCGAGAUCGUUGCAGCUAUCGAUUUCGAGGAGACCAUGGGCGAGGCCACCUGGCGUCAAUUAUUCACACAGUACACCCGCCGCUCUAUCGUGGGGAUAACUUGUCAUAUGUUUGCGCAGCUAAAUGGUAUCAACGCAAUACUUUAUUUUCUGCCGGAGAACUUGACUCGCGCCGGUUUCACUAUAAGUCGUUCUUUGCUAUUCUCAGGCGCCUGUGCGUUGAUCUACUGCUCUGGAACCAUCCCUACGAUGUUCUUAAUACAUAAAUGGGGUCGAAAAACUUUUUUAAUCACGGGUAGCCUAGGCUUAGCCGGGUCUCUUGCGAUUGUUGGUGGUUUGCAGUUUCACGCUGAUAGUCUUCCUGAAGGUCCAGCAAGGUUGCCAACUGCUGAUGGCCUUUUUCUUUGCUGGGGUCCAACGCCUUGGCUUCUUGGUGCGGAAAUUUCUCCUCUCCGUGCUCGUGCCAAAGGAAUGUCUCUAAGUACCAGCACAAACUGGCUCUUCAACUUCAUUGUGGCCUUUAUCACACCUCCCCUGUUUUCUGCCAUUACAGCCGGUUACUAUUUCCUGCUUCUUGGCUUCUGUCUCAUAUCUGGUGCCUUCGUAUGGCUUGUAUACGUCGAGACCGCCCACAGAACGCUAGAAGAGCUCGGAGAACUAAUCGAAGAAGCAACAGAGAACAUGCGAAGGUCCCCAUCAGGCCUGCCUGCAGACAUUGUCACAUCCCAAGCCGUAGACUCACAGGCGACACUCAUGGCUAGCAUAGAACGGGUCAAGACGAAAACCUCCUCUACGAAGCAACUUCAGGGGGAUUGA